AGUCCUCCCAGCUAAAUUACUCACAGGCAAAAACAUUGCUGCAGUCAAACCUUGCUAACAACACAUCUGGAAUUGGCUUCUCUUAGCUGCUGCCAUAAUUUUAUAAUUAUUGACACAUUGGUCCGCAGGAUUUCCUUGACUGAAAAGUGAUCUUUUCCCAUCACAACCACCACCCAAUCACCAUGAAGGCAUUUCUGGGACUCCUCCUCUUCUCUGUCUUCCUGGCUACAGGUGCUGGGUUGCAUUGUGAAACAUGUUUUACAGCAGGUGACACUUGUUCUGGCAAGCAAGAAGCAUGUCCUUCUAGUUCAGAUGUCUGCAUCGCUAUGGUGACUGAAAUGAAAUCAGGAGGAGCAAGCUUUACAACUGCUGUGAAGGGAUGUAACCAGAAAUCUGAGUGUCGAAGAUUACAGGGAGAAGUGGGGAAGCCUGUUUCCGCACAAUUUAUGAACCUUCAAGCUGGAUCUGUUAUUAAAAGUGUGGUGUGCAACAAGGCCUCCGCCUCUUCUACAUCCCUCCUGUUGGCCAUCUUUACUCUCCUGCUGAAGAAGUUCCUCCUCUAAAGCAUCUUGCAUCUGAGUCAGCUAGGAAAAGCUACUCUUUAUCAUCUGCAUGUGUGCAGUUUUCUUUGAAGCUUUCAGUGUUAUGCUUAUCACUUACAUUUUACUCAAUGGGGGUAAAAUAAAAAUCAAAUUAUAAAAAAUGAAA